ACCGUCCAUCCCGUCAUGCUGAUCCUGCCUUCCUGUGUGUUUGAUCGAUGGUUUAGAGGGAUCAGGUGAAGGGGAGUAGAUAAAACAUGUGACUGAUGGUGAAACGGCUGCAGCUCGGAGACCAACAGCUGGACAUGGAGGUCUGCAACCAGGACUGGAUGUCUGCUCUACCGGAGGAGCUGUGGGACAUUCCUCUGACACACCUGGCCAUACCUGGGAGCCAUGACGCCAUGAGUUACUGUCUGGACAUAAACUCGCCUCUCCUCAGGUCUGAGUCUGACUUAUUCAGGAUCCUGGAUGGACUGUUUUCCUGCUUUACCAGACCUGCCAUCUUUAAAUGGGCCACCACACAGGACAAGAGCGUUGAGGAGCAGCUGGCAAAGGGAAUUCGGUUCUUUGAUCUCCGUGUCGCACACAAACCAAACGACCCAUCCGACGACCUCUACUUUACCCAUGUUAUAUACACACACUUGACAGUCCUGAAAACGCUGGAAUGCGUAGCUUACUGGCUGAACUCUCACCCGAAGGAGGUCGUUAUCCUGGCUUGCAGCCAUUUUGAGGGGAUGGACGAUGAGUGCCACGAACUGUUCAUCUCCCGUUUAAAAAAACUGUUUGGCUCCAAGCUCUGUCCCCGGAAGGAAGCAGUCCUAAGCCUGCGGAGCCUGUGGGCAUCCGGUUACCAGGUCGUUCUCUCAUAUGAAUCCCAACUGGUGGCAAGACAUCCGCAGCUGUGGCCCGCCAUCCCGUACUGGUGGGCAAAUAAACAAACGGCGGACGGUGUAAUACGCUACCUGGAGUGGAACAAAGACAUGGGACGUCCAGAGUGUUUCUUUGUUUCCGGCCUGAACCUCACGGCCCCGAGGGCUUACAUCGCCAAGAAUCAGAAGGAAUCCCUGCGAACGCUGACCUUCAGUAACUGGGAGCAUCUGAGGGAAUGGGUGGAGAAGCAGAAGCCUGGAUCGGACCCCGACAGCCUCAACAUUAUAGCAGGAGACUUUGUGGGGCCGCUGCCCCUCUGCUCCCUGGUGAUAGCCUUGAACCAGAAGCUGCUGCCGGAGAGCUCCACCCAGAGGGGGAAGCUGUACUGAAGGGUUUUUUAAAAUACAUCGAAUUUUUCUUUUCCCAGCUUCUUUUAGUGGAUGUGAUUUUUUUGAAUCAUCUCCGAUUCAAAGAGAAAUCAUCAUUUAUUCAAAACAAAAAAAUGACCUUCAGCAUCUCUAAUGUGGAAUCAAUAUAUUUUUACAAAAAAAACAAAACUCUAAUUCUAUUUCAGAUGAAUCAAAUCUGAUCUUUUAAUCACCGCAGAGCAAAAAUAUUUUUUUAAGGUUCAGAGUUGAGUUCUUUUCAGCUUCCUCUGUUCUCAUCUACCUCCGAAAAGUUUCUUGUAGCGUCCAUAAGCAGCAGCGCUGAUGAUGACCUUCACCACGGCCGAGCCUUCGUCUGCGUCCACCUGCACGUCCUGAACGGUGGCUUCUUUGUACAGCCAGCUGUGGACGGGGACACAUGAUCACCUCACGGCACAGAAACCGACACAGUGAGCCGAUAGAUGUGCUCAUCCUGACCUUAACUGAGGAGUGCUGAGGUCAACUCGCAAGUCUAAAAUUUGUUUUCCGGUGGAUUUUACAAUCUCCCGCUCCACUGCUUUUUUCAGCUCAUCCAGGCCUCGCUCCUGCAGGGCAGAGAUCAGCACCGCCCCCGGCUCUGAGCUUUCAUAACUGCAACAUACGCACAGGAAAACAACAGGUCACCAGCAUGUAGUUAGAGGCAGUUUUUAUUAUGAUUAAUGUGGGUAACUGCACAGGGGGCCAUUUUAGACGGGAGGUGGCACAAUCACCAAAUAGGGAGUUCAGAACAGCUUUUCUUUUGAUUACAGUUUAGAAUGAGCGCCACCUAGUGUUAGGCAUAUAGCACUUUAAGAAAACCGUUU